UACUAGAUUGAACAGAGUAGGUGUUACAUUGUCACCAACCAGUAAGCAAAGAUUGAUAAAAGAGGCCGGAGAAAUCAGCCAUAGAGCUCUGUGUGAUUAUUUGAAGGAAAAGCCACUGCUAAAAAUUACCGGCGACAAUCUGGACAUAUACAUUAAAAGUCGUUGUGUAUCAAUAGAUAAAGGAAAUACAGAUAUGCAUUUAUUUGCCUCAAAUGCCUUAACUAGCAGGUUAUCAUCUGUAGAUAUGGACAACAGAACCCCUGCUGUUCCAGCAGUUAAUGGAGAUGUUUUAAAACUAACAGAGGCAGAAAUUGACAACAUGAAAUAUUCAUAUUCAAUACUGAUUGCAAGAAUUUUGAGUUCAAUGGAUCAGUUCAAAUGGAUGACAACAGUGGUACCAGUACACAUGAGCCAUAGCUAUAGUGCUGGGAUGUCCCAAAAGAGCCAAGUUUUCCAGUUACCCAUCCAACAUAAGAAUGAGGCUAAAUAUGAAGACAUUCUUGAUGUCAUGGAUUCAUAUGAGAAAUUGCUUCAAAAAACAUUUCAGGAAUCCCAUGACAAAGACUUUGAUAAAAAAACAUUUAAAGCACUUUACAAGAUGGAUUCUCUGGACAAAUUAGGUACCUUAGCAUUUUGGAGAAAUAGACUGAAGAAGACUGAUGUAAAUGGCAAAGUUAAAGGUCACUUUAAUUCCCAUAGCGAAUUCUUUAAACUGAUUGUAAGGGAGCUGAUUUGUGAACAGGCAUUUGAACUGUUUAACCUUAAUUUAGAAGAUAAUACCCCGUAUCCACAAAAUAUCUGCAAGGCAAGCAGACUCACCAAAGAACAGAAAAUGAGGGAAUUGACAAGCGAAGUACUUGACAAAUUCGAUGUUAUGCGGACAGGGGUACCAUCAGAAAGCAAUGAUGAAUUGUAUAAUUAUAGUACCAAUUUAACAAUUAGGGGCUUACAUUAUCUACAAAUGGAAGACACUAUAAAAGAAGGUGACAUUUCCAGAAUCAUUCCAAACCUUAAAGUGUGCAUCCCAAUUUUUUAUGCACAUUCUUGCCUUUCCAAAUACUUAUUCGAAUGUGUUGACUACAUAACUAAAGUCAGCUGUUUUCUUUCUCCAUUGGACAAACUUAGAGUGUUGGAAGGCAGUAUGGUUAAUUUGAGAGGUGGACAAGGCAAUAAUAUUGAGGCUGACUUGGUACAGGAGCAUUCAGUAAGAAAUCAGAAAGAGUUGAUUAGGGGUCUUGGUGCAAAUAAAAGUGAAACAGCUAUUUCUGCUGUUACUGCAGCAGCACCAGUCAUUGCUAAAAUAUGUAUGAAUUUUGACGCAGAACACAACAUUUCCAAAAAAGCCUCCAGACACAGCAAAGUUAUUUCAACAGAGGAUAUGAAAGUUGUGAGUGAAAGUCUUAGAAAAAUAAGACCGUUUCUAAUUACUAAUGGUAGAAAAUGUGCUUUCCGUAACUUACCUUCUCAACCAUGUUCUAAUAUAAAUCUAACCAAAAUGGACAUUGACUUGGAUGUGAUGCUAGGUAGGGUGGGUAGAGGAUAUAUUUCUGUAGAUAAUGAGGAAGAUGACGAUGACACAGCAAAUGUUGGUACUGAUAAUGAAGAGGAUGAAGAGGAAAUGCCAGAUAUUCCUCUUUGA